UUGAACCAGGAAGAGGAGGAGUUAAAAUGGCUUCGAAAGACCGGGUCGAGAGUUUAACCGAGGAGGUAGUUUGUCCCAUCUGCCUGGAUUUCUUCACCGAUCCGGUGUCACUGGAGUGCGGGCACAACUUCUGCCGCUCCUGUAUCACACAGAGUUGGGACAGGGAGAGGAGAAACUCCUGCCCGGAAUGUAGAGAGCAGUUUACAGACCGCACCCUCAGGGUUAGUUGGGCCUUGGCGAGACGGUCUGAGAAAGCACGAACACUGAGCCUGAAUCGGACAGAGAAGGAAAGUAAACUUCAGUGCGAGGAACAUCAGGAAGAACUGAAGCUGUUUUGUGAAACUGACAAGAAGCUGAUCUGUGUGAUUUGUGCAGCCGGGCGGGAACACGAGUCUCACAGCUUCAUGCCGGUUAAAGAAGCUGUUGAAACCUACAAGGAUCAGGUGAAAUCUUCCAUCCAGUCUCUUGCAGAAAAGCAAUCAGGGAUCCAGCAAAUGGAGCAGCAACAGAAACUGAAGAUUUCUGGAGUUCUGGAACAAUCACACAACCUUCAGUCCAAGAUCACAUCCCAGUAUGCUGAACUGCACCAGAUUCUCACUGAGAAAGAGCAGCGCGCACUGGCAGAUAUCCGGGAGGAAGAGAAGAAGAUUCUAAAUACAAUGGAGAAAAAUCUUGGAAAGAUUCAAGAGAAUUUAAAUUCCAUUCAGGAGGAACUCUUAAAGUUGCAGCAACAGAUGGAUCAAAAAGACAGUGUGGUGUUUCUGAAGGAGGAAGCUGGUCGCAAGCGAAGGGUUUGUGAUGAAGCCAAACCAUUGACGGUGGUAGAUGAAGCCUUGCCGAUUGAAAAGUUUCAUUGCCCUGUUUCAUUCAACACGGCAUGCAAAGAAAUUUGUGAUGACUUCAAGUCCUACCCUGCACUACAGUUUGGUGAAGUGAAAGUGCACAGUCAGAAAAUGGAGAACACUAAGCACAAGCGAAGGGUUCGUAAUAAAGCCAAACCACUGUCGGUGGUAGAUGAAGCCUUGCCGAUUGAAAAGUUUCAUUGCCCUGUUUCAUUCAAUACGACAUUCAAAGAAACAUCUGAUGACUUCAAGCAAGGCAAAUCAGAUCACUUCCAAAAGACGUGGUCUGCAUUUAUCGACUUACUACAAGUAUAAGGUGCAACAGUACUCUGAAAAGAAAUGGUUUCAGGACCUGGUAAGGGGGGAUGAAAAAUACGAGGUUGGUAAAUUCCUUUCUGCUCUGUCUUCUUAUUAGAGCUUUUGUUUCUUUUUCUCUUUUUUCUUUUCUACGGCCUAUUUCUUAACUUUUUUCUCUAACUCUUCGCGUAAUGGCUCUUUUUUCUUGAUCACUUUUUCACACAAUCACCACUCUUUCUCUCUUUCGUUACUUUUUUCUCUUUUGAAAGCUUAAGAAAUGAAGUGGUACAAGAAAUGUAAUACGUUAUAUUUGGCUUGUAUUAACGUAAUGUACUUCUAAAAAAAAAAAAUUGGUUAAAUAAAAUAAAAAUAAUGAUAAUAAUUUUACUGGAGCAAAAAUAAAAUAUCUUUAUAAAGCAUCUUUAGGGUGGCAUUGUGACGUAGUACAAAAAGAGUGAACACGUACAGCACCUGAUUCAGGGACAGUUUCUUCCCAGCUGUUAUCAGGCAACUGAAUCAUCCUACCACAACCAGAGAGCAGUCCCGAACUACUAUCUACCUCUUUGAUGACCCUUGAUCAAACUUUGCUGGCUAUACCUUGCACUAAACGUUAUUCCCUUAUCAUGUAUCUGUACACUGUAAAUGGA